AUGCCGGUAACAAGUUUGUUAACAAUAAUGUUUUCAGAACCAAUGAUGUUUAAUGGUGUAGCAGCAAGCAGACCAAACGAUGUUUUUGUAAGCUGUCCAACAGUACUUAGUUGCUCAGACAGUCCGUGUUUACACGGCUCGUGCGUCGACGACUCACUGCAGGGUUACGUAUGCCAGUGUGAAGAAGGUUAUACAGGGAGACAUUGCGAAAAUAAUAUUGACGAAUGUGAUUCUACUCCAUGUCAGAAUGAAGGGUCUUGUGAAGAUGGCGUGAAUGGCUACACUUGCAGCUGUCUGAAUAUGUAUACUGGAAGUAAUUGUGAAAUAAGUUUAACGAAGCGGGGCAGUCAACAAAAUCUCGCCUUAAAACUUUUGACCAAUCAUGUGUUGACAAAUAGUGCAAGCAUGACAAUCAAGGAACUACCGGUCGGCAUCGGAAUCUUACCAAAAAACCAACCAUUCUCUGUAUUCAGUGUAACACAAUACGAAGAGGCACUUAAGGCUAUAGAGUUUCUUCAACAAGCACUAACAUUCGAAGAGGCUAUCGAAAGGGCAGCUUCAAUGCGAGAGCACAUGAACGAGGAAAUGUGGAUGUUUGUUACUGAGAAAGCACUUCAAAUGCGUCGAGACAUCGAUGGUAGUCUAGUGUUGCCGCCAAUAUUUCAAGUUCAAGCCAAUAGUUUCUUUAAAAAGAGCAGCAUCGAGAAGGCGAUCAGCAACGCCAAGAUGUCUAACUCCAUUGAGUUUAAUAAAAUUGCAGCUGGCAUCCCGAUGUCAACGGGACCUGUAUCAGAAGAGGAACCUGUGUGCGUUUCUGAUCUAUCACAUGACUAUACGUCGCCACACGACGCAGAGUCAAUGCUAGCCUGGUGGAGAGAAGAUGUCAGAUUGAAUUAUUUUCACUACCAAUGGCACUCUGAGUUUCCUCACGAUAGCAGUGACUCCCGUCCUGCCGACCGUCAGGGCGAAUUGUUCUACUACAUGCACCAGCAGAUGUUGGCUCGAUAUGAUGCUGAACGAUUAGCCGCCGGCUUACAUCCUACACAACCGUUGAGUGAUUGGAACUCGCCAAUUGUCGAAGGUUAUCAUCCUGGUCUUCUAGCUCGAAACACCUCUGACGGUUUUUCCUCUCGUCCCCCUGGAAUGCAUUUAAGUGGUAACAUAAGAAAUAAACCAAACAUGAAUAUCCCAUUGCCUGCAGGUAUGAAUGUUAUGGAACACAUGACAGAGCUCCGAAGAAGAAUCAUCGAUGCCAUUACGUCAAAACGAAUGCUAAUGGAAAAUUACAGGACGGUUGUGACAGAUAUCGAGCGACUGGGCUGUGCCCUACAAGCGAAUAUCGGCAGCCCUAAUCUACAGCUUUACGGCAAACUGGGACUCCAUGGGUGGGGACAUAUUCUGUUAUCCUUAAUCACAGACCCACAGGCCCAAUACGAUAUACCCCCGGGUGUUAUGAUUGACACUAAGACUGCCUGUAGAGAUCCAGUUUUCUAUAGGUGGCACAAGUUUAUCGAUGAUCUGUUUGUGCACCACAAGGAAACGCUGCCACCAUACAAAAAGCAAGAUUUGGCGUGGGACGGUGUUGAGAUCGUUGACGUCACUGUAAAUACGAUAGAUGAGCAGUCAAACUCUCAGCCAAUUAGGAACCAGCUAAUGACCUACCAAAAAACGACGGAGAUUGAUGUAUCCAACGAUGUAUUCAUUAAUCCAGAAAAAUUUAACAAUCCGGUGAAGGUGGAAGUGAACUCUACAGAUCAUAUGCCAUUCUACUACAAAAUCCAAGUCGUUAAGAAAACAAAAGUACCCAUCAAAGCGACCGCUAGAGUGUUUUUGGCACCGACACAAGAUCAAGCUGGAAACAGGAUUGACAUCAACAAACAACGAAGGCUAGCUAUUGAAAUGGAUAAGUUUGUAGUAUCCCUGAAUGAUCAAUCUGAGACUAUCCUUCGUUAUUCAAAUGAGUCCACGGUGCUGGUUCCACAAGAGAAAACAGUAGCAGAUCAACACAAUGACAUCACAUCAGGAGAAGGUACGACCUGUCCAGAGAAGAGUCGCUGCAACUGUGGUUGGCCGUCCAACUUACUUCUGCCACGUGGGAAAAGGGAUGGGAUGAAGUUUGAUCUCUUUGUCAUGCUUACCAACUGGGAAGAUGACAUUGCUGAGGUUGGUUCCAACUUAAACAAGGGAUCUACAUUCUGCGGGCUGCAGGAUCGCCACUACCCCGAUGUAAAGCCAAUGGGUUUUCCUUUUGACAGAAUCAUUGGUACGGAUAAUAAUCGUGGAAGAUCAAUGACAAUGAGUGACUUCGUACAACAAUUUGGUGAAACUAGUAACAUGUACACAGCGAAGAUAAAAGUAAGAUACGCAGAACCAUGUUGGACAGAAAAACAAGAGAGCAAACAGUGUUGGCAGGUGUAAAUGUAUCUUGAGAGGCAUUACAUCAAAUAUGCUAAAUACU